UCGGAACAGAAUUAAGUAUGAAUUAUUGGCACGACUUGAGCGGCAGUGAACUGGGACUUCCAGAAGAAACAAGAUUUUUCAAAGAAUGAGGAGCUUCAUCAUAAUUUUGGUGCUGUCAGCACUCGCAGCCUGCCAUGGCGCUGCUGUUUUACCGGAUGAGUCGAACAUGUUCUCGUCUUUCAUUCGAGAGCAGAUGUUAGAUGGUUGGACCGUAGAGCAUAAUGAAGAAGAUGCGGUCCAGAACAGAGUCACAAUGAACAAAGGAGAAGCCAGAGACGACUUAAUAUUUUUAUAUGAGAGUCCAUGCAUCGUGCCAGCUUUACCGAACGACAUUGUGACCUGCGAAGUGGUGUAUCAUGGUGAACCCAAUGUCAGCAUUAGGCGUUUCUCGGUUUCCUAUUUCUGGCCACCACCUGCUCAUAUCGAUGUUAGUGGAUUUUUGAGUAAUGUUGGUCGUGUAAAACUAACUUCACAUAUAGGUGAAAGACUUCAGGCAGUUAUCGGAAUAUAUGGUGUAAUAAAUGAGGAUAACAAUUAAUCAUAAGUUUUGAGAUCAUUAUUUGUUAUGACGACUUUAAUCCAAUGUUGCCUGCAUUCCAUUUUCCAUUAAUACUGGUCGUCGAAAAAUAUAUAUUUUUAGCUAAAAAC